AUGUCGAGCACGUCGGUGGGUUUGCCACCGGUGAGCACCGUUGCGACGUCGACGGCGGUGACGACGGCGGGAGAUGCGGUGGGAGAUGCGGAUAUGAUGGAAGCAGUGCUGCAGCGGAGCCUGUCGCACGGCUUCGCAGCAGCUGUCGCGCAGGGCGACGCGUCGCAGUCGUUCCGGGACUCUGCGCGCGCAGGGAGCGCGGCGCAUCUGGCGGAAAGCCCGAGGGCAGGCAAGCAGCCGUCCGGACAGCAGCACCGACCCUCCGCGUGCGCCCCCGGAAUGACAUCGCCUGCGCCUUCUUCCUACUCUGGGCAAAGAGCGCCGCGCAUGUCUCCGCCAGCCUAUUCCCCCCGCGCUCUUCCCAGCACCGCCGCCGACCGAGGUCCGUUUUACCCACAGCCGCCGCAGCAGCCGCAACAGCUGAACCAGAUGCCGCCUCCGCAUUUCCCGGCGGACUUCGGCUUUGCGGGGCAGCAAGGCACGCAGCAGGGCAUGCAGGCAGGCGCGCUGCAAAAGGUGGAGAUGGAGAGACAAGCGGAGCUCGCGCAAGGCAAUCGUUACUUCUUUCCCGGCGGGCAUCUCUCUGCUGCGCAACCGAACCUGGGCCUCCUCCAAUCCAUUCCCGGAUGGUCUGUGACUCACCCGAACCUCGGCCCGAGCUUCGGUCCAGGCAUGGGGCGAGAGGAGAGGAUGCCGAACCAGCGUGUGGACUUGGAGAUGGGUCUGAUGUUCGGUCACGCCAACUCGCAGCAGCACCAGCAGCACCAGGAGCAGCAGCAGCAGCAGCGGCAGGUGGUGCAGGGAGCUGGUGGGGCGAGCCCUCUGCUUCCACCCGUGCGCCUCAACCCCAAGGACGCCAAGGGGCUCAAGGGUCCCCUCAUCGACAACCACUCCUUGCCACCACCUGCAGCAACUGCGGCGCCUACAGCUAGCGUGGUUGCAGCAGGGAUCCCCAACGCCGUGGCGGCUGCGCUCGCCGCCGCACCGUCUGCAUUCCUCACGUCGCCGCGCCUCGCUGGCAAGCGCUCUCACAGCAUCACCUCCGCCGCCUCCCCGCUCGUCUCCCCGCGCCACAAGCUCGCGCGCACCUCCCCCUGGUCCCUGCCCGUGCCUGCGCCCGUGCCUGCGGCUGUGGGUGCGCCAAUGGGCUCGGCACAGGCGUCGCCUGUGCGGAUUGCGGAGGAGGAGCAGGGCGGCGGCGGGGAGAGGGGGCGGGAGUCGUGGUCGCCCGUGGUAAUGAGGGACCUGGGCGCGGAGCAGGGGGAACAAGCGGAACAGGGGGAGGAGGCGGAGCAGGGUGAGCAGGCGGAGCAGGAGAAUUGGACAAUCGAGGAUGGGAAUGCGCUUAGGAGGAGGGUGGAGGAUAAGGGCGGAGGAGCCGGUGGCACUGGCGACGGCGGUGGGAAGGUGCAUGACGCUGCAGUGAGGGAUAGCCCUGCGAAUAAGAGCAACGCAUUCACCUCCCCAGGUCUCGGCCAGAGCACUGUGACUGCGGAGGGCGUGACUGUAGACCGCGUCUCAGCCUUCCCAUCCCCUCCCACGCCAAGCACAGCCCAUGCCGCCCAUCCACCCCCUCUCCCCUCCGCUCCCCAAUCCGCACCCCCCUCCGCCACCCCCUUCCCGCCCUUCUGCACGCCCCCCGCGCUCCCCCCAGCUCCCCUGCACGCGCCCGCUUCCCGCGCGCCUGCGAGUCCCAGCGUCUUCCUGCCCAUCCCCCCGCCUGGCAGCCCCUUCUCCCCGGCCAUGGCUGCCAUUGCCGCCACGCUCAGAGCUGCUCGCGUGCCCGCCACGCCCCGUUCCGCGCCUGCCUCUGCUGCGUCCGCCGCGCCCACUCCUCCCGCUGCUCUAGCGGGUGUGGGUGUGGGCAUGCCUGCACGCCCCUCUCCGCCCCACAAGGUCCCCUUUUUCGCCUCUUCCGCUGCUGCAGUUGCAGCAGCUGCUGCUGCUGGUAGUGGUGGCAAGACCGCUGUCACUGUGGCUGGCAGCGGUGCUAGUGGCGCAUCAGGUGCUGCUGGUGCUGCUGGUUGUGCCAGUGGCAGGGCGUGCGGUGCUGCUCUGUGCCCUGCGGACAGUGCAUGUCCUUCUAGCUCCUCCCCUGCCUCCGCCAGGGCUUCUCUCCGUUCGGCUGCUGGCGGCUCGGUGGAAACAGGAGAGGCAGCAGGAACAGUGGAGAACCAGAGGAGUGGCAAGGCAGGGGAGGACAGGGCUCCGGAGAAAAAAGCCGAUAAGAAGCUGCUCGUUUCGCGCAUCGGCGAUGCGAUUUUCGCCGAGGCUGAGAGGAACCUGGAGAGGGAGAGGGAAAUGGGCGCGGAGGAGGGCUCAGAAGAGGAGGGGCGGGUGGGGAGCGCGGGCAUGGACAUGGUGGGGAUGAUGGGCAUGGGCAUAGAUAUGGGCAUGGAGAUGGGGGGCAUGGACAUGGGCAUGGGUAUGUCCAUGUCGUCAUGUGAGGAUAUCUUCUCGUUUGGCGAGAACAACAGCGAGUUUGGCGGGCAGCUGGGGCGAGACGGGGGCGAGGAGGUGGUGAGGGAGGAGGAGGAGGCGGGGGGAGAGCAGGAAGAGCGGGGGGGUCGGGAGGAGCAGGAGGGGGAGGAUGGGAUCGCCAUGGGUGCAGGUGGCAUGGGUGUUACUGGCCUAGGUGCUGAUAGCUGUGCUGCCCAGCCUCUGGGGGGCAUGGCAGCAGCAGGUGCGCUCAUGCAGCCACUGGAUCAGGACACUGUUGACUGGCUCGCCGCCCGCCCGCCGUCCUCUAUGGCCGGCAUGAACUGUCUGCUAGCGAGGGUGGUGGGGGAGGCGGGCGGCAGCGCAGCAGGCAUGGAUGGCAGUGCAUCGCCCACCACGUGCGCUCUGCUGGACCGCAGACUAGGCGGUUCUGCCGUCACCGCACCCAAUGCCAAUGGCCCGAGUGACCUCACCACCCCUGCCACUCUUUUCGGUGCAGCUGCUGCCGCAGACGCCUCUGGUCGUGUGCCUUGGAGGAACGGAGCGGUGUGGAACAAUGCUGCCAUCCGAACCUUGUCCACAGCUUCGGCGUCCAGCUCCUUGGCAGGUGCGGCGGGAGGUGCGGGUGGGGUGGCGGGGGAGGCGGGGCAGGAGGAGAGGGAGCUGGCGCUGUUCCAGGCGCUGGAGGGGCAGAUGAUGCGCGAUGGGCGCAGCAGCAGAGGCACUGCCACCCCAGACGCACAAGCAGGGGGGGGAGGCAGCGAGGGUGAGGCCAUGGGCAUGGCAGGGCUUGUGGCUGCAGAAAUGGCGGCAACUGCUGCUGCUGCUGCUGCUGCUGCUGCUGCGGUGGCAGCAACAGCGCCAGUGGAGGUGAAAUCAGAGGCAUUUUCUGGCUCUGAGAGAGCCGGUCCCAGCAGUGCUGCCACGCUGUUUGGUGGCAGUGCCAUGCACCCUGCUGGCCCCAUGAGUAUGGCCCACGCCCUCCAUGCUCUCAACUCCGCCAACCCAGUCAACCCAGUCAAUGCAGUCAACGGGAACGCAGUCAACUCAGUUAAUGCGGUCAACCCAGUCAACUCGGUCAACGGGUUUCUUGCGGACCCCUGGUUGUGCCGGGCGAGGAGCAUGCAGGGGGCGGGCGGCGGGGUGAUGGGCGGGGGCCAAAUGAUGGGCGGCACGGUGCUAUCAGCCAUGGUGGCGGUGUCAGCAGCAGCAGCCAGGGACGAGGCAGUGAUGCGAUACAUGGAGAAGAAGAAGCACCGCACGUUUGCCAAGAAGAUUCGGUACGAGUCACGCAAGACACGCGCGGACGGGAGGCAACGGGUGAAGGGCAGGUUUGUGAAGACUCUUGACGGCGCAGAAGCAACCUAUGCGCCCCCCUCAUCCCCGCCCCCCGAUGCGGAGGCGCAAAGCAAGGCGGGCGAUGCGGAUAAUUCAGCGCGCGGGUCCGGCGGGGAAGAGCAAUCGCCGGUGUCGUCUGGAGCUACCCAGGCGUCGCUAGAGUCGCGGGCUCUGGCGACUGGUCCUGCGACUGAACAAGCGAUCGGAGGGACGUUCGGAGGGUCUGAUUUGGGGGUUAUUGCAGCGGCGGGCACACUUGGCGGAUCUGAAUUGGAAGAUCCCACCGCAGCAGCAGACGUAAAGGAGGAGGGAAGCAGAUUGAAGAAGCCAGAUAAGAGGAACGAAUACAGUUCCUCUGCUGCUGCUGCCGCUUCUCCGCCUCGAUCUGCUGCCACCACACGCACUGCUAUUGCCGUAACGGCAGAGCAGCUACAGGCGGCAGAGCAGCUACAGGCGGCAGAGCAGCUACAGGCGGACGUGGUGGAGGCGGCUGUAGCGCAGGCGGCUGCCAGCUGGCAUGCCACGUGGACGCAUAAAGGAGAGCAGAGGGGGGAGCAGAGGGGGGAGCGUAGCGACGAGUGCAAGAUGAGAGACGAUCUGGUGGACAAGGUCGUGGAGGUGGCCGCCCUACAGGCCGCUGCGGCUGUAGCGCCGGCUGUAGCAGCGGCUGCAGCGGCGGCUGUAGCUGAGGAGAGGAACGAGUGGGUGGCGAAGGGCGAUUUGGUGCAGGCGGCGCUGCAGGCGGCACUGGAGCAGGUGGAAGGCGGCUGGCGUGGACUGGAGGAGAGGAGUGGGGGGGAGCGGCGAGAGCUGCUGGGUCGACUGGCUGCUGCAGAGCAGGCGGUGAGAGUAGAGGCAGCUGGAAGGGCUGUGGCGGAACAGGCUAGGAUGGUGGGAGAGAGGGAGGGUACGGCUGUAACGGCGGCUGUAGCGGCUGCUGUGGCUGAGGAGAGGGAGGAGUGGGCGGCGAAGGGCGAUCUGGUGGAGGUGGUGCUGCAGACGGCGCUCCAACAGGCUGCUGCCACGUGGCAUGGGCGGGAGAGGGAGUUACAGAGGCAGCAGCUAGAGCAGCAGCAGCAGCCGGAGGUGAGACCAGUUGAAGAGGGGGAGGAGGAGGGGGAACGGAGAGAGGCUGAAGGCAGGAUGGGUGGGGAAGUGAUGGUGGAAGUGAUGGGAGUGGCGAUGCAGCAGGCAGAGGAGGAGUGGCAGGCCCGUGUGGCUGCUGCUGAGGCCAACGCUGCUGCUCUAGAGAGGAGAGCAGCCGCAGCUGAGGCGCUGGUGGGGCGAGCAGAAGAGAGGGCGGCUGCUGCAGAGGCGAGGGCGGAAGCAGCAGAGGCGGCGAGGGGCGAGGCGGAGGAGAGGGUGAGAGCAGCGGAGGUGGGGAGGGGAGAGGCGGAGGCGAGGGCGGAAGCAGCGGAGGCAGGGGCAGCGGAGCAGCAGCAGGAGCGCACAGCAGAGGCUGCUGAGCUGUGGGGCGAACUGACUGACCGCGAAGCAGUGUGGGACGCUGAGAGAACUCAGCUUGAGGAGCGGGUGAGAGAGGCAGAGGAGCGGGCGAGGGCAGUAGAGGAGAGGCUGAGAGCAGAGGAAGCGAGGGCGAGAGAGGCGGAGGAGCAGGCACGGGCGUUGGAGGAGGAGGUGGAGCAGUUGCAGAGAAGGGUUGAGGUGGCGGAGAGGGAGAGGGACGCGCGGAAGGAGGAGGAGGGGCGGCAGGGGAAGCUGCUGGAGCAGCUGAGAGCAGCGGAGAGGCAGGUGGCAGAUGGUGCUGCAAGGCUGGCAGCUUGCGACGCUCUGAUUGGCCGGCUGGAGGGGGAGGUGCGGGAGAAGGAGAGGCGGGUGGUUGAGUUGGAGGGUGAGGUGGCGGCUUUGAAUCAGGAGCUGUUUAGUGAACGGUGUAUCUCGAGUGGGCGGGAGCAGCGGUGCAGUGCGGUUCAGGGGCUGUCAAUGCUGCUGGACGAGGAGGAGUCUGGGCGGGAGCAGCAGUCUGGGCGGGAGCAGCAGUCUGGGCAGUUUGCAGGGCGCGCGUUUGUGGUGCGCCCGGGCAGCACUGGCGGCACGGUGAAGCUGGGCGGCGCGGGGAGUGAGGGGCGCGGAGGGGAGGCGCGGGAGGUGCGGGAGGCGAGGGAGGGGGGUAAGGCGCGGCGACCGGCGUCUGUUGGGGCCACACCCAUGCCCCGGAUAGCUGGCCGCGGGCCAGGAGGAGGAGGCGGUGGGGGUGGAGGUGGUGGUGGUGGGGGUGGGUUCAGAGUCAAGGGAGGGAGGUUUUUUGGUGGGAAUGGGGGUGUGUGGCAUGGUGGGAGUGACAGUAGCGAGGGGGGGUUCAGUGAUGGGAGUGAGGGGAGCGUGGGGCCUGUGUCAGAGGAGGGUGACGUGUCACCCUCGUUAAGAUCACCUGAGAUACGAGCACGUGUGAGGAUUGCGCCGUGGGUGAGAGCAGGGAGUGGGGACGGGGAUGAGGAGGAGGAGGGGAGGGAGGUGGGUGGGGAGAGGGAGGAGGGAGAGGCGGAGGAAGAGGAUGGGGUGGCGCUGCUGCUGGAGAUGGCGCAGGUGGUGGCGCGGGAGAGUGCAGGCGAGGGAGGGGAUGGAGGGGGAGAAGCGGAGGGGAGGACCGAAAGGGGAGAGGAUGGGGAGCGGGAGAAGGUGGAAGAGAGCAGUGGGAGUGUUGGCGAUGGGGCAGGGCAAGGUGCAGCAAGGGCGGUGGCAGGCACGGGGCUGGGGACACUGGAGGACGGUGCUGGGUCUGCUGUGAAGGGCAAGCGGCCACAGGGGCGCGGAUUUGCAGGGAACAUUGAAGGGCGGGUGAGGAGGGAGGGCGGUUCAAGUGGUGAUGGGGAGGGGGAGGGGGAGGGACCGGGAGUGGAGGUGGAUGAGGGGACGGGGGUGGCGGUGGAUGAGGGGACGGGGGUGGCGGUGGAUGAGGGGACGGGGGUGGCGGUGGGCGUGGAAGGGAGCGAGGGGGUUGGGGAUGAUGAGGCGUGUAGUGCUCAAGCGAGAAAGGGCGGCACGGGAGCGUCUGGGGUGAGGGCAGGUGCAGAGUCAGGGGCAGCAGCAGCAGCAGGAGGCAGGACAGCAGGAGGGGAGAGUGCACUGACAGGAGGGGGGAGUGUGAUGACAGGAGGGGGGAGUGUGAUGACAGGAAGUUUGAUGACGGGGGAUAGCAGGUGGUGUGCGGAGAGGCGGGUGGAGGAGUUGGAGGAGGCGAUGAGUGCCAUGCUGGCGCAGGUGGAGGCGUGGCGCGGCAAGGCGGAGCGGCGGCAGCAGGAGGCCCACGCGCUGAGGGAUGCUGUGAGGCGGCUGGAGGCACACGUGGAGGGCACUCAGACUCACCAGCUGCGCGCUCUUGACACCACUGCUGCUCCUCCUGCUGCCGCUGAUCCUGCUGCUGCUGCUGCUUCUGCUGAGUCUGUGGCAGUACGGGUGGAUGAUGCUUUCGCUGCUGCAGAAGGUGGGGGCCCUGCCAGUGCUGCAGAGAGAGGUGAAUCUGGGGCGGGUAGUUCUGGGGCAGGUGAAUUUGGGAUGGGUGAAUCCGGGGAAGGGGAGCCGGAGGCAGCGAGUGUGCGGGUGAAGAUCCUUAACCUGGAGCUCAUGAGCAACAACAAGCGCAUUGCUGCAUUGGAGGGCCGCCUGCACGCCAGCAAGGCCGCUGUCUCUCAGAUCGCCCGCAGCUACCACGAGCUGGACGCUGCCAGAGAGGAGGCUGAUGAGUGCAGACGACGGUUGGGUGAGGUGGAGGCGGAGUGGCGGGGGAAGGUGGCGGAAGCGGAGGAGGAGAAGGAGGUGUAUCGAGAGCGGAUGGUGGAGCUGCAGCAGUACUGGAGAGAGUCGAAGCGGGCGGCGGAGGAGUGGGAGGCUGCUGCGGAUGAGGAGAGGGAGAGGGCGGAUGAGGAGAGGGAGAAGGUGAGGGGGUUGGAGAGGGAGGUGAGGGAGGAGAGGGAGAAGGUGGCGAGUCUGCUGCGCGCUGUGGUGGAGAAGGAGGAGCGGCUGUGUGCGUUUGCUGCUGAGAGCGAGCAGCAGAUGAGGGGGUUGAGAGAGGAGGUGGAGGAGUUGAGAGCGGUGGCGCGGGAGAAGGAGGAGGAGAUGGAGGGGGUGAGGCGGGACUGGCAGCAGGUGCUGGUUGGGUGGGAGGAGGAGGAGGAGGAGCGGAAGAGAGAGCAUAAGAGGGAGAAAGGACGGCUGGAGGAACAGUUGGAGCGAGCGAGGGAGAGAGAGGGAGAAUUACAAGAGGAGGUGGAGCGAGUGGGUGGGGAGUGUGAGAGGGCAGUGGAAGCAGCGCAGCAAACGGAGAGGGGGAGGAGAGAGGCGGAGGGGGAGCUAGAGAGGGCGAGAGAGGAGGUGAGUAAGCUGAAUGUGAUUGUAACGAGUCUGGAGAAGGAGGUAGAGGCGCAGCAACAGCAAUUGGACGCUCUGGAAAAGGAGAAGGCGGAGGGUGGCGGGGGGGGGCGGGAGCAGGGGGAGUGGGAGGGGAAGAAGGGGGGACGAGGGGUGGAGUGGGGGACGGGAGAGUUGGGUGCGGGCGAAGACUGGCAGCAGCUGGUGGAGCGAGCAGCAGCGGAGAUGGAGCAAGUUUGUAAGGCGUUAGGGGAGGAGCUGGAUGCGGUGGAGAGGGAUAGGGCAUGGUGGAGGCAAGUGGGGGAUGCGCUGUGGUGUGCGGGCAACAGCAGAGCGGGCGAAGGUGUGGCCAAGGAUGCAGGUGUGGGCAAGGAUGCAGGUGUGGGCAAGGAUGCAGGUGUGGGCAAGGAUGCAGGUGUGGGCAAGGAUGCAGGUGUGGGCAAGGAUGCAGGUGUGGGCAAGGAUGCAGGUGUGGGCAAGGAUGCAGGUGUGGCCAAGGAUGCAGGUGUGGGCAAGGAUGCAGGUACAGGUGCGGGUGUCACUGCCAGUGCCACUGCCACUGCCAGUGCCACUGCCACUGCCAGUAGCAUUACCAGUGGUGGUGCAGAGGCUGGGGGAAACGCAGGGGUGGCAGCGCUGCAGCUGCUGAACUGCUCCCAGGCCUUGAAACGGCUGAGUGACACGGGCAUGGUGGGGGAUGCAGGUGGUGACAGGGGGCAGGAAGGAGCAGAUGUGGCAGAGCGGUUGGAAGGGAUAGAGAGGAGUGAAGAGAGGGUGGCGAGGGAGAGGCAGGAGUGGGAUGCAGCAGCUGUGGCAGCAGAAAGCCAGCAGCACCGGUUGAGUCAGCUUAGAAAAACGCUGACUCAGCGGCUGCGCUCUGUGUCGACAGCUGUCAGCCAGCUGAGGAAGCGCCGGCGCCAGCUGGCGUGCGAAGCGGCAUGCCAGCUGGGCAAGGCUGGUGACGUGGCAGGGGCAGCGGUGGGGAGUGUGGUGGGGGAGGGCGUACACGUGGCAGUGUUAGAGGAAGCGGUGAGAGGCAUGGAGGAGGCUUGGGGGGAGGAGCGAGCAGCCAGGCUGGAUCAGGCCUCCCAGCUUCGGCAGUACUUGGCUGAUCUGGCCGAGGCUCGGAAGGCCCUGGAAGAGGCUCGGGGAGAGGCUCGGCAAGGGGUGAGGUUAGGAGGGGAAGGGGAGGAGGGGAGGGAGGGUGUGGGAUCGGUGGGUGGGGAAAAGGGGGGAGUGAGAUGCGAGGUUGAGGAUAAGGGGAGGGAGGAGAUGGUGUUGGGUCUGCAGCUGCAGCUGCUGGUGAUGCAGUUGGCACUGGAAGAAGCAGAGGAGAGGCUGGGGAGGAGCGUCGAUGGGGGGACAGGUGAGAGGAUUGCAGGGAGAGGGGAGGCUGAUGGGAGAGGGGAGGCUGAUGGGAGGGACGAGAGGGGCGAGGGAGACGGGGGGAGGUUGGGGAAAGAUGGGAGGAAGGAUGAGCAGGAAAGGAGGGAGGGUGGUGGAUGGGAGGAGGGGAAGCGGGAGGGCACGGCGGGGUGGGAGCAAGAAGCGAGGGCGCGGGACUUGGAAUCGUUCAUUGUGUUGCAGGCGCUGCAGCAGACGGAGGAGGAUGGGGCCGCAGCACAGCAGUGCCAGUGCGGGCCCGACGGGGAACCCGAGGGGGCGGUGGCUCUGAAUAACGAGGUGGAUGCAGUGAGGAGAGCGCUGCGGUGCUGUGCGCUCCAGCUGCUGGUGGCGCGUGAAGCGGUGCUGCAGGGCGAGGGGUGGGGCGAGGCGGUGAGAAGAGAGCUGGUGAGAGAGCGGCGGCGGAGGGAGGAGGAGAGGCGGGAGGCGGAGGAGUGGAGUGAGAUGCUGGAGGAGCAAAGGCGCGUGGCUGAGGUGGCAGCAGCGAGGGAGAGGGAGGAGCUGGUGGGGGAGCGGGAGGGGCUGCAGGGGGAGGUCUGUGAGCUGAAGGGAAGAGUUGGCGAGUUGGAGGAGGAGGUGUGUGAGGCGCGGAGGAGAGUGGGGGAGCUGCAGAUGAGAGUGGGGGAGGUGGAGGAGGAGGUGGGGGUGAAGGGCGAGGAGGUGGGGCGGUUGCAGGGUGAGUUGGGUGAGCUGCGAGAGCACAAGAGAGUGCUUUACGGGCAGGUGAACGGGUUUCUAGGGCAGGUGGAGGAGAUGCACGGGCAGAUUGAGGACUUACAAGGGCAGGUGUACGGGCUGCAGGGGCAGGUUGAGGAGUGGCAAGGGCAGGCGCACCAGUUGCUGCAGCAGGUGCAGGCAGGGCAGCAGGCGAUUGUGAGGGAGCAGCAGCGUGGGGAGGAAGAGGCAAGAGCAGCGGAGGAGAGAGUGAGAGCUGCGCUGCAGACACUAGAGGAGACCAGAAAGGCCGCUGCCAGUGCUGCUGCAGGUGCCGCUGCUGCCCUGGCGGAGCGGGAGAGGCAGGCAGGUGAGGAGAGGGAGCGGUGGCGGCAGGAGGUGGCGCGCAUGGAAGGGGAGGUGGCACGGGUGGGCAGGGAGGUGGAGCGGGUGAUGGGCGAGAGGGAGCGGGCGGAGAAGGAGAGGGAAGGGGAGAGGAGGAGGAGGGGGGAAUCGGAGGAGAAGCUGAAGGAGAUUGAGAGUCGCCUCAAGCUGCAGCUCGCCUGGCCCUCCUCUCCGCCCCUCUUUGGUCCCAGUGCCAUUGCCAGUGCUGCUGCCGGUGCCACCACUGCUGCUGCUGCCGCUGCCGCUGCCACUGCCGCCGCUGCUGCUGCGGGUGGUGGUAGUUGUGCUGCCCAUCCUUGUGCUGUGCGUGCCUCUGGCUCGGCAUUUUUCACGGCACAGGGGGCAGGCGGGCGAGGGCAGGGGGUGGGGGAUGUGGGCAGUGUGCAGAAGAACCUGUUGGGGGCGCUGGACCAGGCAGGCACGGGUGCGCUGGUGCUGCAUCAGGGGGCACCUGAAGAAACACCUGGAGGGGCAGGUGGAGGGACGCCAACGUAUACACCUGGCGGUGGCAAGACACCGGCGUUUUUCACGCCGUCUGCAGUUACUCCUGCUACAGCUUCCACGCCAGCAGGGACCGGCAGGCAUGGACAGCUACAGCCGUGGUCGCCUGCCAGUAGUGUGGCGUCUCCAGGCGAUGCCACUCCCUUCCGUCUGCACUCUUUUUCGUUCCGGUCAGUCUGCACUCUUUUUCGUUCCGGUCAGUCUGCCCUCUUUUUCGUUCCGGUCAGUCUGCCCUCUUUUUCGGUCAGUCCGUACUCUUAA